AUGGAUUCUGAUGGUGAUGAUGAUCAAGUUUUAGUAAACACUGCACUUGAUUAUACAAAACUUGAUGCAAUUAAUCAACGACUUCAAACCGAACAUAUUAAUCAAUUCUUAAUUAAUACUGUUCAUUUUUUUAAUACAUUAAGUGCACAAGUUGAAAAUAAAUUUCAAAAACUUGAAAUUAAUUUACAACGUAUUGAUGCUGAUUUUGCAAUUCUUGAUUCUAAACAUACCGUAGAUCAAGUUGAUAUGCGUCGAAUGGUAUGUUUUCAUGUCUUCAAUGAUGCUAUGCCCAUAGAAGAUAUGAUGAGAGGUCAAAUUUUUUCAGAAAUUACCCACGAUCUUCGCUCAACACCGGGAUAUCAACCACUUGAUCUUGCUGAUGUUUUAACUCCAACAACAUCUGCAUCUACUACACAACAAACAAAUAUAUCAGUAACAACUACGGUUCCACCUCCUCCUCCACCGGUGCCAACUGGAGGACCACCACCAACUGAAGGUCCACCACCACCUCCGCCUCCACCUCCGCCACCAGAACCAGAAAAAAUCGAAGAUCCUCGAACGGAAAAAUAUCGAAAAAUGCUGGCUGUGCGUGUACCACGUGAGGCUGUUCGACAUAAAAUGGUUGGUGAAGGUUUAGAUCAAGCUACUAUCGAAUCAGUCAUCGGUCCAGAUUAA